AUGCCUCCAAAGUUUGAUCCAAAUGAAGUUAAGUUCUUGUACUUGAGAGCCGUUGGUGGUGAAGUUGGUGCUUCCGCUGCCUUAGCUCCAAAAAUUGGUCCAUUGGGUUUGUCCCCAAAGAAGGUUGGUGAAGAUAUCGCUAAGGCUACCAAGGACUUCAAAGGUAUCAAGGUUACUGUCCAAUUGAAAAUUCAAAACAGACAAGCAACUGCUUCUGUUGUUCCAUCUGCUUCUUCGUUGGUCAUCACUGCUUUGAAGGAACCACCAAGAGACAGAAAGAAGGAAAAGAACGUUAAGCACACUGGUAACUUACAGUUGGAAGACAUCAUUGAAAUUGCCAGACAAAUGAAAGACAAGUCCUUCGGUAAGAACUUGGCUUCUGUUACUAAGGAAAUCCUAGGUACUGCUCAAUCUGUUGGUGCCCGUGUUAACUACAAAAACCCACACGACAUCAUCGAGAGUAUCAACGCCGGUGAAAUUGAAAUUCCAGAAAAUUAA